CCGGCGCUGGUCAUAGGACUUUUAUUUUGUCAAUUCAAUGUGGUGUUAGCAGGGUUAGCAGUGUUAGCUGGGAGCCGGGUGUGAUCAUGCCGACGGUCAGUGUGAAGCGGGAUCUGCUGUUCAGAGCUCUGGGCAGAAAAUACACUGAUGAAGAAUUUGAUGAGCUGUGUUUCGAGUUCGGUCUGGAGCUGGAUGAGAUUACGUCGGAGAAGGACAUCAUCAGUCGUGAGCAGGGAGAUCAGAAGGCUGAAGGAGCCUCUGAUGUGAUUCUGUAUAAGAUCGAUGUUCCAGCGAAUCGCUAUGACCUGCUGUGUCUGGAGGGACUGGUCAGAGGCCUUCAGGUCUUCAAGCAGAAGAUGGAGGCCCCCCGCUACAGGCGUGUGAGUGCGGAGAGUGGAGAGCCCCAGAGGCUGAUCAUUACUGAGGAGACGGCUGGUGUGAGACCCCACGCUGUGGCUGCAGUGUUGCGAAACAUCACCUUCACACAGAAUCGUUAUGAGAGCUUCAUCGAGCUGCAGGAGAAACUCCAUCAGAACGUCUGCAGGAAAAGGACGCUGGUUGCUAUAGGAACUCAUGACCUGGAUACCAUCUCCGGACCGUUCACCUUCACGGCUAAAGCUCCCGACGACAUUCGCUUCACCCCCCUGAACCAGAGCCAGGAGUACACCGCCACCCAGCUCAUGAGCCUCUACAAGACAGACAGUCACCUGAGGCAUUACCUGCACAUCAUUGAGGAUGAGCCUCUCUACCCCAUCAUCUACGACAGCAACGGCAUAGUCCUGUCCAUGCCCCCCAUCAUCAAUGGGGAUCACUCCAAAAUAUCUGUGAACACGAAGAACGUCUUUAUCGAGUGUACGGCCACAGAUCUCACCAAGGCCAAAAUCGUACUGGACAUGAUUGUGACUAUGUUCAGUGAAUACUGUGCCGAGCCAUUCACGGUUGAGGAGGCUGAAGUGGUUUAUCCGGAUGGCAGGAUGGUCACUUAUCCAGAGCUGGCCUACAGGACUGAAACCCUUUCAGCAGAUUAUAUCAACCGCAGAGUAGGAAUCAGUGAAUCAGCUGAUAGCGUUGCUCAGUUGUUGACGAGGAUGUGUCUGAAGUCGGAGGUUGUUGGUGAUGAUGGUCAGAUCCUGGUGGAGAUCCCGCCCACUCGCUCUGAUGUUAUCCACGCCUGUGACAUCAUGGAGGAUGCUGCUAUGGCAUAUGGCUUUAAUAACAUCACUAUGACAACACCACGCACAUACACUAUAGCCAAUCAGCUCCCUUUAAAUAAGCUCACGGAGUUGUUGAGGAUGGAUCUCGCAGCAGCUGGAUUUACUGAAGCGCUUACCUUUGCUCUGUGUUCCCAGGAAGAUAUAGCAGAUAAACUGGGAAAGAAGAUCACAGAGACCAGAGCUGUACACAUCUCCAACCCUAAAACAGCAGAAUUCCAGGUGGCGAGGACCACUCUGCUUCCAGGGCUACUAAAGACUCUGGCUGCUAACAGGAAGAUGCCCCUCCCCCUCAAACUGUUUGAGAUCUCCGAUGUAGUUCUGAAGGACGAAACCACCGAUGUUGGAGCUCGGAAUAACAGGCGUCUGUGUGCGGUUUACUACAAUAAGAGUCCGGGCUUCGAGGUGAUCCACGGCCUGCUGGACCGGGUCAUGCAGCUGCUGGAGGUCCGACCGGGCCGUAAACGCGGAUACUACAUUCAGGCCGCCGAGGACUCCUCCUUCUUCCCGGGACGCUGUGCGGAGAUCUAUGCUCAUGAGAAGGUUGUGGGACGUCUCGGCGUUCUUCACCCUGACGUUAUUAACGGCUUCGAGCUCACCAUGCCCUGCUCCGCCCUCGACAUUGAUCUCGAGCACUUCCUGUGACCUCACAGCUGACACCCUCUGCACUAGCCACGCCCAUUAACACUUCUCACUGCAUCUAUUGGCUGCUGUUUACAUCUACUGUCCUCAUUCGCGCAUGGAAGGAGUGGGCGGAGUCUCCUUUUACUGUCAGGUUCAGGUGGCGUUCUGUGGAGAUAUGGUUGUUACGCAGAUAUUAGUUUUAUUUAAGAUAAAUAUUUCAUCAUUCAUAAACAGUUGGUGAAUGCCCGUACUCCAUAUAACUGCAUAUUACAGUAAAUAAAGACAGA